AUGGAUAUCUUGGAGAACAACGCAGACGAAGCGGAGAAGAUGGGCAUCCAGCGUGUACCAAUCGUGAAAUACUCUGUCGAUGAAGACAACGAUCCUUCAGCGCCGCGGUUGUGGUUCACCAACCUCGUACAAGACUUCGCCCUUGUACCCACCUCGGAUCUCCCACCAAAUGGCCCUAAGAGCGGCAACUCCUUCACAACUGUCCUAAUCAACCCAACCCAAUACCUCACGUACCUGUUCACUCGAGCGAAGUCCCUCGGCGCCAAAACGAUUACUGCCACACUUCCCGCCUCGAACUCAUUCGCGGCCACCAUAUCGACAGCUUUUGGCUAUCUAGACAGAGAAAAUGCCAACCUGCCACAGGUGGUAAUUAAUUGCACCGGCCUCGGUGCAUCCAAACUCUGUGAUGAGAGCAUGUUUCCUAUCCGCGGCCAAACACUCCUCGUCCGUAUCACUCCACCCCCACCAACAUCUCGCAUCACAAUUUGGGACAGCACACCCGUCACGUACAUCCUCCCACGCCGUAUCACGCCCUUCUCUUCCGAGCCUUCAGACUCGACCUUCUUCAUCGGCGGCACCAACGACAAAAACAACUGGGACCCCAUACCUACGCCCGAGAUAUCGAAGGGAAUUCUUGAGAGAGUGAGCAAAGUGAUGGCUGGAUGGGCUGGCAAAGACGCGCAGAUCGAGGUGUUGAGGGAGCAAGUAGGUUUAAGACCAGGGAGGAAGGAUGGACCGAGGGUAGAGCUUGAGGAGGUGGAUGUGGGAGGGAAGAAGAUUAAGGUUGUGCAUCAGUAUGGACAUGCGGGGGCGGGGUUCCAAUUUUCGAUUGGGAGUGUGAGGAAGGCUUUGGGUCUUGUGGAGGAGGCUUUGGGAUGA